AUCAUCACUCUGCUCUCUCUCCAAAACCCUACUCUACUCUCAUGGCUUCUCUUCUCCAUCUAUCUCUACUUCUGUCUCUCUUCUCCAUCUUCUUCAAUUUUUCGGCGAAAAUCCCAACAGUUUCAGCUGAGCAGAGGGCGAAAACCUACAUUUUCGGAGUGGACAGCCACUCUAAGCCGUCCAUCUUCCCGACUCACUACCACUGGUACAGCUCCGAGUUCACUGACCCUCUCAACAUUCUCCACGUAUACGACACCGUUUUCCAUGGAUUCUCGGCUUCUCUUACUCCGUCUCAAGCCGCUUCGGUGCUUCAACACCCUUCCAUCCUCGCGACAUUCGAGGACCGUCGGAGGCAACUCCACACCACAAGAUCUCCGCAAUUUCUGGGGCUCCAAAACCAGCGUGGUCUCUGGUCUGAAUCCGAUUAUGGUUCCGAUGUCAUAAUUGGAGUCUUCGAUACUGGAGUUUGGCCGGAACGGCGGAGUUUCACCGCUCGGAAUCUAGGCCCUGUUCCGACUCGUUGGAAAGGUAUGUGUGAACCUGGAGUUAAAUUUACUGCCAGAAAUUGUAAUCGUAAACUUGUCGGAGCUAGAUUCUUCUCUAAAGGACACGAAGCAGCUUCGGGAUUCGGUGGAAUUAGUGGCGGAAUCAAUGAUACCGUUGAAUUUCGGUCUCCGAGAGAUGCUGAUGGACACGGAACUCACACGGCGUCGACGGCUGCGGGGAGAUAUACCUUUCAGGCGAGUAUGGCUGGUUAUGCUUUGGGAGUCGCUAAAGGUGUCGCUCCGAAAGCUCGAUUGGCGGUCUACAAGGUAUGCUGGAAGGAUUCGGGAUGUUUCGACUCUGAUAUUCUCGCUGCGUUCGACGCCGCCGUUACAGAUGGCGUCGACGUGAUUUCAAUCUCAAUCGGAGGCGGUGAUGGCAUUUCUUCGCCGUAUUAUCUCGAUCCAAUUGCAAUUGGGGCUUAUGGUGCGGUUUCGAGAGGUGUUUUUGUAUCUUCUUCAGCUGGAAAUGAUGGACCUAAUGGAAUGUCCGUCACUAACCUCGCGCCGUGGCUUACAACAGUAGGAGCCGGCACAAUUGAUCGGAAUUUUCCAGCUGAUGUGAUUCUGGGCGACGGACGAAAACUCUCCGGCGUAUCGCUUUACGCAGGACAGCCUCUGAAUGGAAAAAUGUAUCCUUUGGUUUACCCUGGUAAAACAGGGUUACUCUCUGCUUCACUCUGUAUGGAAAAUUCACUCGAUCCCAGUUUGGUGAAGGGAAAAAUCGUCGUCUGUGAUCGCGGAAGCAAUCCUCGGGUGGCUAAAGGAUUGAUUGUGAAGAAAGCCGGCGGUGUAGGAAUGAUUUUGGCUAAUGGAAAUUCAAAUGGAGAAGGCUUGGUUGGUGAUGCUCAUCUUUUGCCGGCCUGUGCUGUUGGUGCCAAUGAAGGUGAGGCCAUUAAGUCCUAUAUUAAGUCCAGUGCGAUGGCAACGGCAACUAUUAAUUUCCGCGGUACUAUGCUUGGAGUUAAACCGGCGCCGGUGGUGGCUUCAUUUUCCGGCAGAGGACCAAAUGGUUUGAACCCUGAGAUUUUGAAGCCGGACUUGAUAGCCCCUGGUGUGAACAUUUUAGCAGCAUGGACUGAUGCUGUUGGUCCAACUGGUUUGGAUUCCGAUAAUCGGAAAACAGAGUUCAAUAUACUGUCUGGUACUUCAAUGGCUUGUCCUCAUGUAAGUGGUGCGGCGGCAUUGCUUAAAUCGGCUCAUCCAGAUUGGAGCCCGGCCGCAAUAAGAUCGGCGAUGAUGACAACGGCUAAUAUAAUGAACAAACAGCUCAAACCCAUGACUGAUGAAUCCACUGGCAAACCAUCCACGCCAUAUGAUUUUGGUGCUGGACAUUUGAAUCUUGAUUUGGCAAUGGAUCCCGGGCUUGUUUAUGAAAUUACCAAUGAUGAUUAUGUGCACUUUUUGUGCUCAAUUGAGUAUGGUCCAAAGACAAUUCAGGUGAUCACACGAUCACCGGUGAAUUGCCCGAUGAAAAAGCCAUUGCCGGAGAAUCUGAAUUAUCCUUCCUUUGCAGCGUUGUUUUCAAGCUCAUCGAUGAGGGUAUCGAGCAAGACAUUCUUUAGGACAGUGACGAAUGUGGGUGAGAGAAAUGCGGUGUACAGAGUGAAGGUUGAGGCACCCCAGGGAGUGACGGUGAGUGUCAAACCAGCAAGAUUGGUUUUCUCCGAGGGAGUGACGAAGCUGAGCUAUUUUGUGACACUAACGGUCGACAGUAAGAAUCUGGUGUUGGGUGACUCGGGUGCAGUGUUUGGGUCACUGUCUUGGAUGGAUGGAAAGCAUGUGGUUCGGAGCCCAAUUCUGGUAACCCAAAUGGAUCCAUUGUAAUCGAACUUGAUCAUGUAGUUUUGAUCGAGGAUCAGACGGUAGAUGGGUUGGUAGGUAAUGGGAUAGAGUUUGAUGAAGCUAAUACACUGUGUCCUCUACAGUUGCAAGACUUUGCUAUGACAAGAUAGCUUAAGGUAUUUGUGUGUGCGUGUGUUUCCCUGCUUUGAAGUUUAUAGGACUAGGACUAGGACUGGGCAAGUUUUUUUGGAAGUGACUGUUUUGAAGUCUUCUUUUCCAUGAUGUAUAAUGUUUUUACAGAUGUUAAGAAGCUUACAGGGUGACUGUUAUUUAUAUAAUUAUGGUUCAAAAGAGGGGAAAAGAGUCAUAAAAGAAUAAAUGCAUGC